AUGGAUAAUUUCACAAUCAUCAUGGAAUUCUUCCUCAUGGAGUAUUCCAGCAUCCGGGAGGUGCAGGUCUUACAUGCUCUGCUGUUCCUAUUUAUUUAUAUGGGAGCCCUAAUGGGUAACUUUCUCACUAUCGCUGCCAUUGUCACUGACCCACACCUUCACUCUCCAAUGUAUUUUUUUCUGAGUAACUUGUCCUUGUUGGAUGUUGGCUGCAUCUCGGUCACUCUUCCUAAAUUCAUUGUGAAUUCCUUGACAAAAAAUCAAACCAUUUCUUUGCUUGGUUGUGCCUUUCAGAUAUUUUUCUUUAUCUUCUUUGCAGCAACAGAGAUUGCUUUGCUUGUUGCCAUGUCCUAUGAUCGCUUUGUGGCAAUCUGUCAACCUCUGCACUAUGAAAUAAUAAUGACCCCAGCCCGAUGCAUUUGUGUGGCAACCAGUUCAUGGCUCACUGGUUUUUUCUAUUCAGCUAUACAUACAGGGAACAUGUUCCGCUUACCUUUCUCAGGAUCCAAUGUGAUCCAUCAGUUUUUUUGUGAUAUUCCUCAUAUCUUAAAGGUCUCAUGUUCUGAGGUUCAUUAUACUGAGUAUGUGCUCCUUGCUAGUAGCGCAACUUUACUUUUAUUCUGCUUAGGUUUUUUAAUCAUAUCCUAUACCUAUAUCUUCUCUACUGUACUUAAAAUGCCCUCUGUGGAAGGACGCUACAAAGCUUUGUCUACCUGUUCCCCUCAGUUGAUUAUCUUCAUCUUAUUUGCCCUUGCUGGCCUGGUUGCAUUCCUAGGUCCCCUCUCAGAUACAUCCCCAAUCCAGAAUCUUCUGAUUGCAAUGACCUAUACAAUAUUGCCUCCAUUCAUGAACCCCAUAAUCUAUAGUCUGAGAAACACAAAAAUCAAGAUCGCACUGUGGAGGAUAAUAAAAAAAGUCAUCUUCCCCAAGAAGGAUUUGUCAAAUUUUAACAACAUUAAAAUGUAA